CUCUCUUUCAUAUCUGAUGAAUGACACUGCACAACAAUAACUCAGUUAUCUUCUAUUCCCCAAUUUGAAGAAAGUAACAACUUAUACAAUGCUGGUAUUCUAAAUCAAUAUUCGCAGGUCUGCCUACCUCCAUCAUCGAGAAAUCAACUUUAUUCCCAGUUCUGAACUAAAACCCUAAUAUCUCAACGCCAGUAUUUCAGGCCGAUGAAUAGGGAGGAUGAUGAGCUGGGUGGUGCACUUGAUGAGGACACGGAUAUUAGACAUCAGACAACAAACAAUUUGGACUUGAAUGUAGAGCAGAGCUGUCGCAGCCCAAAGGUUACCUCUCUGAAUAUAUCUGAGUCUAAUAUUGCUUCAACCAGUGAGGCUAAUACGGAUGCAGUAAUAAAAAUAGGCACUGAGUUUGAAUCAGAUGAGCAUGCAUACAAAUUUUACAACAAAUAUGCUACAUUGCUGGGUUUCAGUGUUCGAAAAGAUUGGGUAAAUAGGAGUAAGGUACACGGUCAGGUGGUGUCUAGAAAGUUUACUUGUUCUAAGGAAGGCUACCGAAGGAAAGAUAAAAGAGAUAUAAACGUGAAGAAGCACCGGAAGGAAACAAGGACAGGUUGCAUGGCACACAUGAUCAUCACUCGUCAGUCUGAUGGAAAAUAUAGAGUUACACAUUUUGAAGCACAACACAAUCAUGACAAAAUAAAUCUUAGUAAUACUCAAACUUUAUUGUUGCAGGAGGAAUUACGUGCUUCUGGAGCUGAACUUCCAAGUACUUUCGAGGUACAGGAAAAUUCUGUAUUCGAACAGGUUGAUAGAAGAUCUGGAGUACGGGAAUGUCUUGAUUAUCUUUCAGCUGACUACGAAGGUUACAUUCGGUCUGAGAGAACAAGAAAUAUGAAGGAAGGGGAGGCAGGGCACUUAAUACAGUACUUUCAGAGGCAACACUUUGAAAAUCCUUUAUUUUUUUAUGCAGUACAGCUUGACAUUGAUGACAAGGUAACCAACUUAUUUUGGUCUGAUGAUAAUAUGGUAACAGACUUCAAUCACUUUGGUGAUGUGGUGUGUUUUGACACAACUUGCCGAACAAAUAAAGACCUUCAACCAUUUGUACAGUUUAUAGGAGUGAAUCACCAUAAUCAAGUUCUUAUUUUUGCUGCUGCCCUUUUAUUUGACGAAACUGUCGAAUCACUGAAGUGGUUGUUCCAUACUUUUUUAGAGGCAAUGUCUGGGAAGAAACCAAAAGUGAUCCUCACAGAUCAAGAUGCUGCAAUUGUUGAGGCAAUAAAUGCAGUAUUUUCAGAGGUAGAUCACCAUAUAUGUGUGUGGCAGAUGUGUCAGAACGCCCUUAAACACCUUAGCCAUGUAGUGAAGGACACCAGGCCUUUUUUUGCUGAUUUUAAAAGUUGCAUUUAUGACCAGAAGGAUGAGGAGGGUUUUAUUAGUGCCUGGGAGUCUAUGCUGGAUAGUUAUGGUCUUCAGCAAAAUGAAUGGCUCAGAUGGAUGUUUAGAGAAAGAGAAAAGUGGGCUGUGGUCUACGGCAGGAACACCUUUUUCAUAGACAUGAACAGCUCACAUAUGGGUGAGAAUUUGUCUAACAGUUUGAGGAAUUACCUAAACUCCAACCAAGAGUUGCUUCAAUUUAUCAAGCAUUUUGAGAGGGUUAUAAAUGAGCUACAGUACAGAGAAACAGAAGCUAAUGCUAAAAUGAAUAGCUGCAUGCCAAGGUUGAUGGCUAAUGUAGUAUUGCUAAAGCAUGCAAGUGAGAUUUACACACCAAAAGCAUUUGAAUUACUUCAGCUAGAAUAUGAGAAGUGUUUAAAUAUUGUUGUUAACCCGUGCAGUGAGACUGGAUUUUUGUCUGAAUACAAAGUUAAUACAUUCGGCCAAAUGCGAGAAUACACUGUUAAGUACAAUUCUUCAGAUAAUACUGUCAAUUGCAACUGUUUGAAAUUUGAGUAUGUCGGAUUUCUCUGUAGCCAUGCCUUAAAAGUUCUUGACCACAGAAAUAUAAAGGUCGUCCCAUCUCAAUAUAUAUUGAAGCGAUGGACGAAAGAAGCAAGGACUGGAAGUGUAAGAGUGCAUGGUGGGUUCAUUGAACGAGAAGAAGACCCUAAGUUGGUUGUAGCAAGACGUUACAAGGAUUUGUGCCGUAGUAUGCUAAAUCUUUCUGUCAGGGCAGCUGAAUCAGAGGAGGCAUUCCACUUUGCUUCAAGACAACUCAAUGAAGUCAUCGAGGGGUUGGAAAAAAUCGUGAUAUUAAGGCCUGAGGAAACUCAAGGUAUCACCUCGAGUAGCAAUGGGGCAAAUGCUUCUGAAAAUGAAAAUGCAGAGAUAUUUUUGGAUGAAAGUGCAAUUGAGGAUCGGGAUGAGGACAGCAUAGGAAGAGAAGGAGAAGAAACAGAAGGUGCUGUCUCUAGCAGACGUAAACUGAAAAAUAUGAAUGCAAAAAUCUCUAAGAAAAGAGUUCAGAAUCGACAGCCACACUCACAAAACACUCUGACUUGCAUUUCGAGCCCCCCAGCUUCCUAUGUUUCACCACAAUCCUCCACACCAAAUCCUGUCAUGCAGGGUUUGUACAAUUUUGAAGCUAACCAGGUAGUUCAGUGCGUGUACGAACAACCUAAUCUAGUUGUGGACCAACAACACAGUAGUAACAUGUAUGCACAACCAAACUUCUACACCGAGCAGCAUGACUCACCUUGUCAAACACCGUUAAUGCAGGAAUCUCUUAUUCCCAGCACAUACCAUGAGGCUGUCUCAAACGCUACUCAGCUGAGGCAGGUAACUGAGCUAGAGGUCAACAAUGCAGUAAGCCAUGGAGGUUGGCAUUCAACACCCACAUUCAUCUACUUUCUUGCUUUAUGAUAACAGAUACCGAACUUCUGACAAUUCAUUUCUUGGGCCCAAGUAAUGAGGAUGUCUUCCGUCAGAAAUUUGUAUAUUGUACCUGUACAGCAUCAUUUUUCUUUGAAAUCCAGUCAAUAUAAUUGAGGUUGAA